ACUCGAAUGCCCGCAUCGUUUGUAGUGUGGAUUGUCUGUGAAUCCCACGCUGUAGACCAGGGACUUCAAAAUGGAUUUUCAGCAUCGAGCGGGAGGGAAGACCGGAGGCGGUGGUCAGGCCUCUUGGUCGGAGAGCAACAGAGACCGUCGUGAACGUCUCCGCCAGCUUGCCUUAGAGACGAUUGACCUCAACAAAGAUCCUUAUUUUAUGAAAAACCACCUUGGGUCAUAUGAGUGCAAAUUGUGUCUGACUCUCCAUAACAAUGAGGGAAGUUACUUGGCUCACACACAGGGAAAGAAGCAUCAGACCAACCUGGCCAGACGUGCAGCAAAGGAAGCUAAAGAAGCCCCUGCUCAGCCAGCCCCAGAGAAGCCUAGGGUGGAAAUGAAAAAGUUUGUCAAGAUCGGUCGGCCAGGUUAUCGUGUCACGAAACAGAGAGACCCAGAAACAGGACAGCAAAGUCUGCUCUUCCAGAUUGACUAUCCAGAAAUAGCAGAUAAUGUGGCUCCACGUCACCGCUUCAUGUCUGCUUACGAGCAGAAAGUGGAGCCUCCAGAUCGCAAAUGGCAGUACCUCCUUUUUGCAGCUGAGCCUUAUGAAACUAUAGCCUUCAAAGUACCCAGCAGAGAGGUUGAUAAAUCAUGGACAACCUGGAAUAAAGAGACAAAACAAUUUUUCUUGCAGUUUGCCUUCAAGAUUGAUCCAAAGGCCAAGAUGGUUCCUCCUGCUCCACCACCCAUUGCUGGCCCGCCUGGUCCACCAGGACCUCCCGGCCCACCAGGACCACCUGGACCUCCAGGUAUGCCCCCUCCACCAGGGCUGCCUCCACGGCCAGCCAUGAUGCCCCCGGGCCCACCUCCUCCGGGCAUGCCUCCUCCCCCGGGCCCACCAGGAAUGCCUCCCCCACCCCCAAUGAGGCCUCCAAUGAGACCCAUGAUGCCCCCUCCCCCAGGCCCUCCUGGGCCUCAUGGUCCUCAUGGAAUGCGGCCACCUCCUCCUGGCAUGGGUCCUCCACCUGGCAUGCGAGGCCCUCCUCCUCCACCUGGGGGCAACCUCCCUCCACCUCCACCACCAUUCAAUCCUGUACCCCCUCCUCCUCCAUCAGGUGGAGUGCCUCCUCCACCACCACCCAAAAAUUAAUAGGAGUAUGGAGUUUGAACUUAUAUCAUUUAUAUUAUCAUUACAUUAAUAAGUUGAAUAUAGUUUUGAAAAUCACUUUUGAGCAAAACAAUUUAUGUUUGAAAAGACUGUGUACAUUUGAAUUUUGUUCUCUUUUCUUUUUUUAUAUUAUAGUAAGUAUUUGUAUUACUAUGAUUACUGUAUGUACAACUAUUUUAAAGUCUAUGUGCAGAAUUAUAAAACAGACUGA